UAUUUAUCGACGAUGACAAGGACCAACGGGUAGGAAGGAGGAGGGAGAGAUCCGUGCGCAGCUCCGCUAAACCUCGCAACAACCCCCGUGCCGUGAGCGACCAACCAGCCCCCCCCCCCCCCCCCCCCCCCACCAACCCCGCCCCCGGCCCCGGAAGCAGAGCCGCGAUGGCCGGCACCGUGCCCAAGCUCGCCGCCCCGAGGCCGGCGGCCGCGGGGCCGCUCCCCUCGCAGUCCCUCCGCUCCGCGGCGCUCGCCUUCGCCCCCUCCGCCCGCCGCUUCCGCGUCUCCCUCGCCGGCCGCGCCAGGAGCCCCGUCAUUGCGAUGGCUUCCGCCAAGGAAGGAAAUGGUGCGGUGACGAAGAGGACCACGCUCCAUGACCUCUAUGAGCAACAGGGUCAGUCCCCAUGGUACGACAACCUCUGCCGGCCCGUUACCGAUUUGCUGCCCUACAUCGCCAACGGUGUCCGUGGAGUCACCAGCAACCCAACGAUUUUCCAGAAAGCCAUCUCUUCGUCAAACGCAUAUGACGGCCAGUUCAAGGAGCUUAUAUCGGCCGGGAAGGAUGCAGAGAGUGCUUACUGGGAACUCGUCAUAAAGGACAUCCAAGACGCGUGCAAACUGUUUGAGCCCAUCUACGACGAGACUGAUGGGGCUGAUGGUUACGUUUCAGUGGAGGUGUCUCCUAGGCUCGCAAAUGACACCCAAGGAACCGUUGAAGCUGCGAAGUGGUUACACAAGGUGGUCAACCGCCCUAAUGUGUACAUAAAGAUCCCAGCUACUGCCGAAUGUGUUCCUUCUAUCAAGGAAGUCAUUGCUAAUGGCAUCAGCGUCAAUGUUACUCUUAUCUUCUCCGUUGCAAGAUACGAGGCUGUGAUUGAUGCUUACCUCGAUGGGCUUGAGGCUUCUGGUUUGAGUGACUUAUCCCGAGUGACCAGUGUAGCAUCCUUCUUUGUCAGCCGAGUUGACAGUCUGAUCGACAAAAUGCUUGAGAAGAUUGGAACACCGGAGGCUCUUGCCCUGAGGGGAAAGGCUGCUGUAGCACAAGCAAAGAUAGCAAACCAGCUUUACCUCAAGAAAUUCUCUGGCCCGAGGUGGGAGGCUUUGGUGAAGAAGGGAGCUAAGAAGCAGAGGUUGUUGUGGGCAUCCACCAGCGUGAAGAACCCGGCUUACUCUGACACACUUUACGUCGAUCCUCUCAUCGGACCUGACACGGUCUCUACGAUGCCUGACCAAGCUUUGGACGCAUUCAUCGACCACGGCACAGUUGCCAGGACAAUCGACGCCAACGUGUCAGAAGCAGAGGGCAUAUACAGUGCCCUGGAGAAGCUGGGCAUCGACUGGGAAGAGGUUGGCAAGCAGCUGGAGCACGAGGGCGUGAGCUCCUUCAAGGGGAGCUUCGACAGCCUGCUCACGAGCUUGGAGGAGAAGGGCAACGCCCUCAAGACCGCCGCCAACCUGUAGGCGCUAAAAUUAUCGGAUAGAAUGGUUUGGUACCGGCGCUGGCCAUCAAACGAUUACCGAAUAAAAAUGCCAGCUUGCUGGCUCUCUCCUUCCAUUUGGAAAUGAAAUGCUACCAGUUAUCUGGGUGAGCUUCUCUGUAUUCUAGGCGCGCCUGGCUGUCAUUGUGUAACUGAGGCCUGUUGCUUGCAACUGCUAUUCGUUUUCUGAUCAAUUGUUUUUGAGCAAGUGAGACAUAUUUGUGUAUCUUUGGGAAAUGCUGUUGUGCUUACCA